AUGUUGGGAUGUUUAAGCGCUCUGCUGGUUCUCUUGGCUGGCGGGGGUAGGAGCAUUCUCGCGGCGGUUCAAAGUAAAACCGUGACAGAUCCUAACUUAUGCCCAGGUUACAAUUCACAACUAAUUUCCCCUUUCCUUUCUAGUUGCAUCCACUUGAAGAAACGAGAUUUGAAUGAAUGCAUAUUCCAUUAUUUUGAUGAACAAUAUGCAUUUUGUCGGUCAUGUGUUACUGUGAAUAACGAAACAAUGGAAGACUUAGAUAACUGCAGAUGUUUACAAUGUGCUUUGAAUUCUCUUAAUAAUAGCUGCUUUCAUGAUUACUGUACCUCCAAAGAUGAAUAUGAUAAGCUGCAGAUCUUUAUUGAACAAUUUCAAAUAACAAAUGGAGUUAUAGAUAGUGGAGUGAUUUUGAAAACUAAGGGUGACAAGUUUUCAACUAAGAGAUUGUCCUAUUUUGUUGGUCAGAACCACACUCUUUUCAGGAACCCUUUGCCAUUUGAAAAAAACCAACUAAUCUCUGCAUUAUUAACCUCUUUAGCCAAUAAUCAAAACACUAUGUUAUCAUCUGACGCUUCCGAAGAAGGUGACACUAGUAAUGAAAUCCAAUCUUUGCGUAAGAGGAGAAGGGGUGAUCAAACCUUACUGGAAGCAGCUGGUUAUGAAGAUGAAAACAAAAGUGACAGUAGUGCGGAAGAUAAGAAGCAGGGAGGUAACAUGAAAUAUCAUGAGAGUAAGGAAAUUAGUGGUGAAAAUUAUAGUAAAGAUCCCGAUGAUGAAAGUAUCAAUAAUGAGGAAGGGUAUACAAAAACCCCGUUAUUUCACACUACUAAAAUUGAUACGACAAGAUGGAGUUCCUGGGAACAAAGGGAAGUUUUUACUAGUUAUUUGGUGGAUGAAUGUCAAGAUACAAAAAUGGUGACGACAGUAGAUACGUUUUACGAAACUAAGACUGAAACCGAAACAAGGACCACCCUAAUCACGUCAACAAAAGCAAAAAGAAGAUGGUUUCCGAGAACUACAAUUGUAACAAGUACUGCAACUGCGACGUCUCUGAGUAUCACGACUACUACUACAACAAUCAGUGCCACCACAACAAAUUUUUUAGUAACGGUGGUUAAUCCAGAUGGAUUAAAGAGAAAAGCUGGAAUAAGGUUUGGUAUUUUCAGCGCUAAUGGUGAAAUCAGAUCAUCGGAUGAAAGCAGUGCACAAACAGUGGUAAAAAGGAACUGGGUUUCUGAUCCAGACACUGCUACAACCACUUCGCAAGUUCUCCCUCAACCAGAACUUACUUCCGGUGAAUACGUAUCGGCGGCAUCUCAAUUAGACAAAAGGAUUUUCAUAUUCACUGCCAUCACAGUCUCAAUUACUACUUUAAUGAUGCUGGGGUUUUCUUACCGAUCACGGGUUUCUUUUAGCGACCAUAGUAUUUAUGAAUCGGAAGAAGAUGAUGAUUGGUCUGACGAAGAAGUUGAGUUUGACGAAGAGUAUUUCUAUUCUCUUCCUGUAAGCAUACCAGAAAAGGGAAUCAGUUUAGAUAAAAUGGCGCAACAACUUGGCGUAGAAUAG